AUGGGCAUGGGCCCAACACAGACGUGUUGGAUGGAGGAACUGCAGAAGACCCCGCUGACGGGCGUGGACCCAACACAGACCUUUGAUCUGGGGAAGGAUAUUCUCGAGGACACCAAGGACCUGAUAGAGGAGGAAUUAGAGCUGGGGGAUUUGCUGGGAGAAAGCCCUGAGCGAACAGUGCAAGACCUUCGGGCAGAAGUGGGGGAGCUGAGAUGCAGCAUGGGGGGUCCAGAACUUCCUGCGGGAGACCAUCCAGCUGGGUCAACCAGGCAAUCGAGGCGGCAGACCAGAUCAAGGGAGCCCCGGCAUUGCCAGAUGGGCAAGGAGCCCCAGCACUACUGGACGGGCAGGGAGCCCCAAUACUUCCUAACGGCCAAGGAGGGCCCACAAUUCCAGUUGGGUCAGGAGGCCGAGGGCCAACACAGCCACUACUACUGCCUUUUGGGCACGGCAGAGGGCCACCUGGAGAGAUCUUGGUACAGCCACCAGGAGGAAUUCCGCAGCCGUUGCUGCCGCCUGUUAUUCCUAGUGGAGGGCCGCUGGGAGGGGUCCCAGUACAGCCAGCCAGAGAGCUCGGUUAAGGCGCAGUAUGAAGAUCCUCUCAAGGGUGAGAAGACGAGGACUAAGUUGAAACACAGGCAGCAAGGGAACCGGCCAGUGCAGGAGUUUGCUGUGGAGUUCUGUGAGCAUGCUGCCAAAGUGCGAGAUUGGAACGAGGAGGUAGCCUGUGAGAUUGAAAAACGGAAGCAAGUGGUGAAACUGCUCCGACUCCAGCAUCAAGCAGGGCAAGUGAGGCGAGAAAUGGGAGAGUACCGGCAGACAGAGGAGCUGCAGCCCCAAGAGCCUGUUACUCUGACUGAGAGGGAGAGGAGAAUAAGCUCUCUUGUCUUUGAGGGAAAGAGGAGAGGGGAAGACGACGCAUCGGGACAGCUGGGGGCAUCGGGGGGACUGAUCGGGGGCUCUCUGGCCACCUUGUUUGCCAUGAGUGGCUCACACACAGUGAAGGUGCUCCAGCAGGCUGAACCAGUGGAGCCAAGCCUGCCAGAGCAGAUCCGGUUCAGGAAAAAGAAGCUAAAAUUCAGGAUCACCAGAGAUCUGCACCCCAAAAUCUCCCAGAAAGAUCUUGAAACGGCGUGCCAACUCCCAAAGAAGUGCCCUUUGGAGACCAGGCUGAGUUCCCCCCAGCAGACGGGCCAGGGCGAGGCAGCCCUCCUGGAGCAGCUGCAGGGGGAACUGAGCUCCAGCCAGCAGGCCCACCAGGUGGAAAUGGAUCAGCUGCGAGGGAAGCUGCAGCGCCUGCAGCAGGAGCUGGAUGUCUGCAAAGGGCGCAACCAGGACAACCUCUGCAAGCUGCAGGCCCGCGAGUGCACCGUGGAGCAGCAAGGCCUGGACCUGGACCUCUUGCUGCGCCAGUGCCAGGUUCUCAAGGAGCAGCUCAUUUACUACGAGGAAGUGACCCAGCAGCAGGAGUCGGUGCUCUCCCAGCAGCAGGAGCAGGAGCGCCGCAGGCAGGAGCAGCUGGCCCAGGCGGAACACAGUGCCAGGGUGCUGGAGAGCAGCCUGGGCCUCUACAAGAAGAAGUACCAGGCCUCGCUGGGCAGGGCCGGGGAGCUGGAGAGCCAGGUGCAGCGUCUGGAGGAGCUGGCCAGCCAGGCCAAGGAGAGGGAGGAGGCUGCCCGGAGCCUGCAGGAAGAGCUGCAGAGCCAGUGCUGCCAAGCAGAGGGCACCAUCGCCCGGCUGGCCCGGGAGCUGCGUGGGGCCCGGGAGGAGCUGACCCAGGGGCGGCACCUCACCAGCCAGCGUGAAGAGGCCGUGCAGGAGCUUCAGGAGCAGCUGGCAGCCAGCCACACCAAGCUGCUGGACCAAGGAGAGGCGCUGGCAGCAUUGCAGCAGGACUUCGUGGACUACAAGGCUUCCCACACCUACUGCAACAGCAGCUACGAAAGCCAGGUCAUCAACACGGAGACCCUCCGGCAGAAGCUCCUGCAGGUGGAAAGCGAGAACUCGGAGCACCAGCGGCAGGCGGAGGAGUACCAGAGCCUGGUGCGAGACUUGAAGCGGGAGUUGGUCAGAGUGGCAGAGCAGAAGAACUGCGCCAGGCAAGAGGCGGCUCACCUAGAGCUGGAAGUCCAGGGUCUGCGGCUGGAGGCAGCAGCCGAGCAGGAAAGGCGGCAGCUGGAAGCGGCAGGGGAGCAGCAGCGGGGGCAGCAGCUGGAGGCAGAGCUGCAGCAGUGCCGGCAGCUGUGUGCCCAAAAGGAGCAGGCCAUCCAGAAGCGGGACGAGGUCCUGCGCAAAUCCCAGCUGGAGAUGGUGCGUGCCCGCAGUGCCCUGCAGGAGAAGGGGCGGGAGGUGGCCCGGCAGCGGGCUGGGGCCCAGCAGCUGGAGACCAGCCUGCAGAGAGCUCAGCAGGAGCUGCAGCGGAGCCAGAGGGAAGGCGCCUCUCUGCGCACAGAGGCCCAGGCGCUGCAGCAAAGUCUGCGGGAGAGCCAGGAGCAGCAGCGGCAAGCUGCCCAGGAACUGGCGCAGCAGAAAGAACUGGUGCAGCUGGCCCAGAGCAGCCUCUCCCAUGCCCAAGAAGAGCUGGGCGAGCGCGUUGCUGAGGUCAUGCAUCACAUGCAGGCUGGCCGCCAGAUGGAAACAGAGCUCCAGGCCCUCAAGGACAGGCUCGCCGGUGCUGAAGUGGAGCUGGAGCAGAAGAGAGUCCUGUUGGAGGAGCUGACGGAAGAGCUGAGUGAGUCCAAGCUGCGAUACCAGGCAGCUGCCCAAGAGUCCAAGCAGCACCAGCAGGCAGCCACCCAGCUGGAGCUGAAACUGGAGAGCAGCAGAGAGGGGCUGAAGGGGCUGCAACAGCAGGUGCAACGGCAGGAGUCCACGCUGGAGAUGCUGCAUGCUGAGGUGAGCCAGCAGAAGCACCGGGAGGACGACUUGGAGAAGCAGCUGCUCCAAGCCAAGGAGCAUGCAGCGGGGCUGGCUCAUGAGCGCAAGGGCCUGCAGCAACAACUCCAGACCAGCGAGCAGAGGUGGCAGGAGGAGGAGCAGAAAGGCCAGCACCUGCAAUGCCUCCUAACGGAGCGAGAGGCAGAUAACAGGCUCCUGCGAGAGCAGCUGAAGCAGCAGGCAGCUCGGCUGGAAGUGGCGCAGGGGAACCUUGAGCACACGCGGCUCCAGCUGCAGCAGCAGACGGCAGAGGCACUGCAGCAGGAGGCAGCUCUGGCCCAGCUGCACACCGAGUUGCAUGCAGCGCAAGAGAGGGAGCAGCAGGGCAGCCACAGCCUGGCCGCAGCCAAGGACAUUGCCCAGGACCUCAAGCGGCAGCUCGCCUCCUGCCAGGCCAGCCAGAAGGAAGCUCUGGAGCAGCUAGAGCAGAGAGGGCGGGAGGUGUCCUGCCUGCAGGCAGACCUCCAGCUCAGCCGCCACCACGAGGACCACCUGGAAGAAGAGCUUGCCGCGUGCCAGGAGCGGACACAACAGCUGCGAGGCCAGCUCCAAGCCCUGCAGAGGCAGCAGCAGGAGGAGGCCUGCUGCUCUGAGGAGCGGCUGGGGGAGAUGGACCGCCAAGUGCAGCACUGGCAGCAGGACCACCGGGCAGCUGAGCAGGCCCUGGCCGACAAAGACGAGGAGCUGGUGGUGCUCAAGGUGGAGCUGGCUGCACUGGAGGAGAAAUGGCACGCUGCCGCAGAGGAGAGAGGAGAGCUGCAGAAUGAACUCAGCCUCUUGCGGCAGAACUUUGUCGUCUCCAGCAAGGAGGUGGAAACCCUGCAGACCUCGCUGGAGGCAGCACGUUCUGACGGCCGUCGCCUGCACCAGGAGAGUGAGCUGAUGGUGGCCAAUGUCAGCCAGUGGGUCAAGGAGCAAAAGCAGGUGAACGAGCAGUUGGGCCACAAGAUCCGAGACCAGAUCAAACAGAUUGCUCAGCUGACAGGUGAAAAAGAGCAUCUCCAGGGAUUAACAGAGAGACUCCAACAGGAGAAUAAGCGCUUGAAAAACCAAGUGGAUGAAUGGCGCAUUGAGCAGGAACGCCUCAAGGCUCUCCGCUGCAAUACCUGGGACUCCUGCGAGGACCAGAGACAGCCGUGGCACCUGCUCCCGAGGGAAGAUCAGUGCGCAGGCUGGAGACGAUGCAAAGCCCUCGCCACAAAGUGGGAUCGACCGUAGCCUCUGGCCUGCUGCUGGCCACAGCUGAAAAGAGCACUUACGGGCAGCUGCCAAGCCCAGUACCAGAUCCAACUGGGUCCAGACUGGACCAUCUGCUGUAAUCAUGUGACUUGAAGAAAAAUGGACUUGUACAAAAUACUAUGCCAAUAAACAGGAAAGGUGCUGA